UUGGCGUAACGAAGAAGCAUUCAAGCCUGACAAAAAAGAAAUCGCACUCCUUCGACGGUGGAAUCCGCGAUCUUUCUCCUCUUUCUCCCUUCCACCAACCUACCCCUAAUCCAAACCCUAAUCUUUUCUUGCCCCCCGCUCUCUCUUUCUCUUUUUCGAUCCGGUUGUCGGACCCCUGCAAAACCCUAGUCCAAGGCGGAGUUUAUCCGAUCGCAGAGGCGGAGGAGGCGGCACAUGGCAGCGGCGGCAAGGGUGGACGGCCAGGAGAAGGUGAUCGCGGCGGCGCAGCACAUCGUCAAGAGCCUCGCCACCUCCAAGAACGCCGCCGAGGACAUGAUCCGCAUCCUCUCCGGCUUCGACAACCGCCUCUCCGUCAUGAACGAAGACCUCUUCCCGCCCGCCACCGACGACUCCCACUCCGCCGCCGCCGGCGACGCGGGCGAUGCGGAGCCCUCCGAGGCCGAGGCCCGCCUCGACGCCGCCGAGAAGGUCCUCCUCCGCUGGGACCCCUCCUCCUGCGACUCCCUCCUCUGGGAGGCCCCACCUGAGGAGAUCGCCGACUUCCUCGCCGCCGUCGACGAGGUCAUCUCCUUCGCCGCCGGCCCCCAGGUUUCCCCCUCCUCCUCCCCCUCCUCCGCCGCCGGCGACCUCCGCUACCGCGCCGAGAGCGCGCUCCAGAUCGCCAUGUUCCGCCUCGAGGAGGAGUUCCGUUACCUCAUGAUCCAGAACACCGUCCCCCUCAACGCCGACGGCCUCCACGGCUCCAUCCGCCGCCUCUCGCUCUCCUUCGCCUCCGACAGCGGCGAGAACAUCGAGGACUUGGAGGGCUCCGUCGAAGAAGAACAGCAGCAGCCACAGCAGCAAGAGGGAAGUCCCGAGGACAGGAGUGGAAGCAGCCUCUCGGACGAUCGCAGCGUAGAUCUGAUCCGCCCGGAAGCCAUUGCCAGCCUGAAAGAGAUCGCCGACCGCAUGAUCUGGGCCGAGUACGGGAGGGAGCUCCGCCAGGUGUACUGCACAGUCCGGCGUGACAUUCUCGACGAGUGCCUCAUAAUUCUCGGUGUCGACCGGAUGAGCAUCGAGGAGGUGCAGAGGAUGGAGUGGCGGAUGCUCAAUGACAAGAUGAAGAAGUGGAUUCAGGCUGUUAAGAUCGUCGCCAGGGUUCUUCUCAUGGAGGAGAGGCGGCUCUGCGACCAGAUCUACGCUUCCUGUGAAGAGCUGAGGGAGCAGUGCUUCGCAGAGACCGCCAAGGGUUGUGUCAUGCAGCUGCUCAACUUUGGGGAUGCCAUCACUAUCUGUCAGCGGUCAUCGGAGAAGCUUUUCCGGAUACUGGACAUGUAUGAAGCUCUUGCUGAUGUGAUGCCGGACCUGCAGGCCUUGUUCCCGGCAGACUCGAGGGAGCUUAUAUGCGGCGAGGCUGAGGGGAUUCUGAGGAGGUUGGGAGAUGCUGUGAGGGGCACUCUUUUGGAGUUUGAGAAUGCAGUUCAGCGAGAGUCAUCUCGGAAGCCAAUGCAGUCCGGUGAGAUACAUCCCUUGACACGGUAUGUGAUGAAUUAUGUGAGACUGCUGGUUGACUAUAGUGACGCACUGAAUUUGCUUCUGGAAGACGGUGGAAUGGAGGGUGGUGCAGAUCAGGAUCGUUCUGCAUGGGGUGAGAGUGAUGAUAGCAGGUAUUUGGGGAGUAUGACUCCAUUGGGCAGGCGUCUCCUGCUGUUGAUCUCUUAUUUGGAGUCUAAUCUUGAAGAAAAAUCGAAACUUUAUGAAGAUGCUGCGAUGCAGUACAUAUUUUUGAUGAACAAUAUACUUUAUAUAGUUCAGAAAGUGAAGGAUUCUGAGCUUCGGAGGCUUUUAGGAGACCAUUGGAUACGUAAAAGACGGGGCCAAAUCCGGCAGUAUGACACGAGCUACCUCAGAACUUCCUGGACCAAAGUGUUGUCUUAUCUAAAGGAUGAUGGAUUUGGAAGUGGGAGCGGGAGCUCUAAUAGUGUUUCCAAGAUGGCUCUCAAGGAAAGGUUCAAGAGUUUUAACUUGGCAUUUGAAGAAAUAUACAGGGUCCAGGCAACUUGGAAGGUUCCGGAUCCCCAGCUUAGAGAAGAACUGAGAAUAUCUAUAUCGGAAAAGGUCAUCCCUGCAUACCGCGCAUUUAUGGGAAGGUUUGGAGGUCAACUGGAGGGGCGUCAUGCAGCAAAGUACAUAAAGUACACUCCUGAGGAUUUGGAGAAUCUGCUGCUGGAAUUGUUUGAAGGGUUGCCUGGGCCAGCAAACCAUCCAAGGAGAAAGCCUUAGUUGCUGACAGGAUUCUCGUCUCUGGUAAGCUCUACUUUUUAUGAGGGUCUUGGCUUUGCGGAACUCAGGUACCUCACUGAAUGUAAGCAUGGUAACUUUAUGUCUAUCUUCUGCUCUUUUUGAGUUACUGUAUUAUGUUAUGAUGUAGUUACAGAAUUAUAAAUACUGCCUCCUUGACUUCUGAUAUGUGCUGUAAUGAUAAUACAUUUGUAUAUUACUUCUCAAUGAAGAAUCUUUCUGAAUUUUGCUACAUUA